AGAAUGUGAUUGGCUUCAGUGAGAAUGUGAUUAGGUGCUGUAAGGAUGUGAUUGGCUGGGGUAAGAAGGUAAUGGGCUGCAGUGAGAAUGUGAUUAGGUGCUGUAGGAUGUGAUUGGCUGGGGUAAGAAGGUAAUGGGCUGCAGUAAGAAUGUGAUUAGGUGCUGUAGGAUGUGAUUGGCUGGGGUAAGAAGGUAAUGGGCUGCAGUAAGGAUGUGAUUAGGUGCUGUAAGGAUGUGAUUGGCUGGGGUAAGAAGGUGAUCAGCAGUGGGAAAGUAUAUGAUUUGCUAGGUUAAGGUUGUGACUGGCUGGGGUACGAACGUGAUUAGCUGUGGUAAGAUGUGAUUAGCUAGGAUAUGAAUUUGAUUUGCUGGGGUAAGAACACGAUUGGCUGGGGUAACAUGAUUUGAACAUGAUUUGUGUGGGUAUGAACAUGAUUUGUGUGGGUAUGAACAUGAUUUGCCGGGGUAUGAACAUGAUUUGUGUGGGUAUGAACAUGAUUUGUGUGGGUAUGAACAUGAUUUGCUGGGGUAUGAACAUGAUUUGUGUGGGUAUGAACAUGAUUUGCUGGGGUAUGAACAUGAUUUGUGUGGGUAUGAACAUGAUUUGUGUGGGUAUGAACAUGAUUUGUGUGAGUAUGAAAAUGAUUUGUGUGGGUAUGAAAAUGAUUUGUGUGGGUAUGAACAUGAUUUGUGUGGGUAUGAACAUGAUUUGUGUGGGUAUGAACAUGAUUUGCUGGGGUAUGAAAAUGAUUUGCUGGGGUAUGAACAUGAUUUGUGUGGGUAUGAACAUGAUUUGUGUGGGUAUGAACAUGAUUUGCUGGGGUAUGAAAAUGAUUUGUGUGGGUAUGAACAUGAUUUGUGUGGGUAUGAACAUGAUUUGCUGGGGUAUGAACAUGAUUUGUGUGGGUAUGAACAUGAUUUGCUGGGGUAUGAACAUGAUUUGUGUGGGUAUGAACAUGAUUUGUGUGGGUAUGAACAUGAUUUGUGUGGGUAUGAACAUGAUUUGCUGGGGUAUGAACAUGAUUUGUGUGGGUAUGAACAUGAUUUGUGUGGAUAUGAACAUGAUUUGCUGGGGUAUGAACAUGAUUUGCUGGGGUAUGAACAUGAUUUGUGUGGGUAUGAACAUGAUUUGUGUGGGUAUGAACAUGAUUUGUGUGGGUAUGAACAUGAUUUGCUGGGGUAUGAACAUGAUUUGUGUGGGUAUGAACAUGAUUUGUGUGGAUAUGAACAUGAUUUGCUGGGGUAUGAACAUGAUUUGCUGGGGUAUGAACAUGAUUUGCUGGGGUAUGAACAUGAUUUGUGUGGGUAUGAACAUGAUUUGUGUGGGUAAGAAUGUCACUUGUCAAUCCUGAUAUGAAAAUAUCUUCACUGUUCCAGCUGUAAGCUGAACAUCUGAACUUUGGAGCCACAUGCAUCUAAACCAGAGUGGCAAAGUAAAGACUGUUUAGUAAAGUAAUCCUGUGCUGCUCAAGCUGAACAGACUGUACUGCAGGACGAGCCCAUCGCGGCGUUGUUAAAGCGUUUCACGUGAGCGAGCUGGCGGGGAGUCUGAUGUGCUUUGUUGUGGAAGAUGUGUGAGGUCCUCUCUGUGACUUUACCAUCUCCUCAAAGGUCAUAUGA